UUUAUAUUUUCCUUUUUCUUUUCAUUCCCUUUUCCAUUUGCCGACCUUUUGAUUAUUUUACCCCUGACCCUUAACUCCACCCACAACAUCAUCCUUUAGAAAUUCCAUCCUCCAUUUCUUCUUCUUCUCUCUAUCUCCUUUACCCCAAAAAAAAAAAAAAUACCCACCAUUUCUCAAUCUUCUCUCUCCAAAACCCAGAAUUUUUUUCUGCAAAUAAAUUUAAAAAAACCCAGAAAAAUUAUGGCGCAGAAGAGAGAGAAAGAUGAGACUUUGGAGCUGAAAGUACCAGCUGAAACACCCCUUUCUCUCUCUUGCCCAGAUAAUUGCAAAAAACUCACAUCAUCUUCAAACAAUACCCGGCCCGAUAUGACCCGUGUAGAUCCGGAUCCAGCCCGACCCAGAUCCAAACGAGGAGCCGAAAACGAAGAAGAAAACCAUCAACCUCUGGUUGAAACGACGUCGUUUAAGGAAGAUCGUCGAGUAUCGACGACAACAACGACGACCACAACGACGACGACGACGACGACCGUGGAGGUGUCGGUAACGACGGUGAAAAAGGCGGUGAAUCGGUGUUUAGGUUGCGGGAAACGGGUCGGGUUAACCGGGUUUCGAUGUAGAUGUGGAGAUCUGUUUUGUGCAGAACACAGGUAUUCAGAUCGACAUGAUUGCAGUUAUGAUUAUAAAACUGCAGGAAGAGAAGCGAUUGCACGGGAAAAUCCUGUUGUUAGAGCUGCUAAGAUCUUAAAAGUUUAGAAAAAAUGGUGGUCAAACUUUGAGUCAAAGGAGAGAGGAAAUGGAAAAAAUGAAAAAAUUUAGAUGGUUGAGGCUUUGGUUGAUUGACGAUGGUGGAUAAGGUGGUGGGUGAGUGGGUGGUUGGGGAUGAGGGGUAUUAUUGUCAUUAUUGCAAGAUGCGUUGUGACUUUUCUUUUUUUUUUUUUUUUUUGUAUUUUUAUUAUUUGUUUGUUUCUCUUUUUUACGGAGGAAAAAAAAAAGAAAAAAAAAAGAAAAAAAAAAAUUUAAAAUUGAAGUAAUUCUUCGAUAGUAGUUAUAAUAUAUUUAAGAAAUUUAACCAUGAACUAAAAUGGGUUGAGUAGUACUACUUGUAUUAUUAUUUGUUGUUACGAGUAUGUUGUAAUUUAAAAAGAAAAUUGUUGAGUGGCUAACUUGGUUAUUAUUAUU